AUGGUUAUGACUUACAAGGAGAUGACCGCUACAAUCUUUGGCUUAGUCAAUAUCAUUCUCAAUCAUUACAAAAAACACCUACUGGUCAAAGAGGAAGAGGAAGGAAGAUUGAAGAGACACUCACUGGUCAAAUUACUGUUGGAAGAGGAAAGAAGGUUGAUGAGACACUCACUGGUCAAAUUACUGUUGGAAGAGGAAAGAAGGUUGAUGAGACACUUACUGGUCGAACUACUGUGGGAAGAGGAAAGAAGGUUGAUGAGACACUUACUGGUCGAACUACUGUGGGAAGAGGAAAUAAAGUUGAUGAGACACUUACUGGUCGAACUACUGUGGGAAGAGGAAAUAGAGUUGAUGAGACACUUACUGGUCGAACUACUGUGGGAAGAGGAAACAGAGUUGAUGAGACACUUACUGGUCGAACUACUGUGGGAAGAGGAAACAGAGUUGAUGAGACACUUACUGGUCGAACUACUGUGGGAAGAGGAAAGAAAGUUGAUGGUCAGUGAUACCA